UCAAUUACGCUGUUUUAAGGCGCCUGGACGCCAUGUCUGGUGUUCUAUGCUCGCUAUCUAUGCCUAAUAAACGUAAACGAGAUUUGAGUGUACCAAGCAUAAACCUACAUCGCAACGGCCACCCUUCAAUGGACCUGGAAUCAGUCGAUACUAAAAAGUCGCGUGUCGAACGACUGGAAGCAUCUCCAUCACGUGUCAUUCAUAUCAGAAAUAUGCCAUCCGAUGCGACUGAAAAUGAAAUAGCUCUUUUCGCAAUACCAUUUGGUCUUCUCAAGAACAUGGUCCUUUCUAAAAGAAGCAAUCAGGCCCUUAUCGAAAUGCACACUUUGGAGGAAGCUGUACAAUUAGUUGCUCAUUAUUUGAAAUAUCCUGUUACUCUACAUGGGAAACAUCUGAUCUUCCAGUUCUCUACACAUUCGCAUCUCGAACUAAUUUCAGAAAACGAUGCUAUCGUUAACGCUGUUAAGAACGCCAAUCGUGUCGUCCAACAGGAUCUUCCUGGUGCGCAAACUGGUAUUCCUAACACUGUGCUACGUGUGGUCAUCGACAACAUCAUGGGACAGCAGAUUAAUCAUGUUAUUUUGUAUAAGAUAUUUCAUCGAUUCGGGACCAUUUUGCGCGUAUUGAUUUUCCUGCGCAACAAUCAGUAUCAGUGCCUGUUAGAGUUCCAAAACCAUAUUCAGGCAUUCGUUGCUAUGUUGCUUCUCAAUGGCCAGAAUAUUUACACUGGUUGUUGUUCUCUUCAUGUGGAGUUUUGGAAAACUCGAGGACCUUUGGAGGUUCGCCGUGAAAAUGAUAAAUGUCGUGACUACACAGUGUCACCUCUUACUGAAGAUGAACUGAAUAGUUUGCAGGCACUUCCGGGUGGAGUAACUACAUCAACAACUAAUGCGAAUGCAAUAUCUCAACCUUCUAUGGUUCAGAGUUUAUCUCUAACUAAUCCAACUGCAGCUUUCACUACCGUCCCUCAAGCUUCAGCAGCAGGCAUUAAUGAACUUGCUAUCCAGUUGACUCUUCUAGCUCAGCAGUCUGGUCUUGCACUAACUCCUGCUGCGGCAGCUGCCACUGCCAGUUUCAUGGCCCUGACUGCUCAAGGUGGGAAUUCUGCUGUAAACUCAGCCCCAGGAGGCGUUCUAAACGCGGCAGCGUUGUCAACUCGUACUGCGCUGUCAAAUAUCCCAAAUCAGGCGCAGACUGUGCCUAACAUAGUUCAACAAUCCGUAAAUAAUCUGGGGCAAACUGGAACCAGCACUGUGUUGAUAGUAUCAAAUCUCAACGAGGAGAAAGUUUGUCCCGAUGCAUUGUUCACACUUUUCGGUGUCUAUGGUGAUGUUACUCGAGUGAAGAUAAUGUUCAAUAAAAAAAGUACUGCUCUUGUGCAAUUUUCAGAUGCCCAACAAGCCCUAACAGCUUUGUAUUAUCUUAAUGGACAACCUUUGUAUGGGAAACCCUUGAAAAUAGCUGUUUCUCGCUUCAAUAUUGUUCAACUUCCGAAAGAGGAUACAAAUGUUGGACUUACCAAAGACUACACAAAUAGCCCACUUCAUCGAUUUCGAAAACCGAAUUCUAAGAAUUUUGCUAAUAUUUACGCUCCCAAUCAUGUGUUGCAUUUAAGUAAUAUACCAUCUGCUAUUACAGAAGAAGAGGUCAGAAUGAUUUUUGAAACCAAAGGAUAUCAUGUUACAGACUUUAAAUUUAUGUUGAAGGAUAAAAAGAUGGCCUUGAUUCAACUUGAAAAUGUAGAUAUGGCUAUACAAGCUUUAAUCGAUCUUCACAACUGCCAGUUGACGGAAAACUCACAUUUGCGCAUCAGUUUCAGCAAAACCGCCAUAUAAAUGACCUCUGUGACCUAUUUGUUUGUUUAACUUCAUCUAACUUUGAUUCUUGGUACAUAAAUUUUAUAUUUGAACCAGAUCGCUAUUAUUCCUAAUUUUUUGGCUAUUAUUUAUUUUGAAAUCAGUUAUUACCUUUCCGACAGCAUAUUCUAAGCGAUUCUAUCAUUUCUAAACUGUUUUGACUCAGGUUUUCAUCGGGAGUAGCGUUACGUGCGUUUGUCAUGUUUCUAAACAACGAAAGGCCUAGGCUAUGCAAAUACACGAUUAAAACGUGUAACUCGCGUUAUCCAAAGUUGAGGAGGGUUACUAAGUGACACGCGAUCACUACCUGUUGUAAUCGUUAUUCUAAGUAUAGACUAUAUUUCUAAACAGCCAUUAAAUUACGAAGGCGAUGUAUGUACUUGAACGUGUUUGUAUAUUACUCACCCUUGAUCGGUGUAUGACACCCUUCUUGUAUUUGGAAUGCAGUUUUAUGACUGCAAACUAUCCCAGAUUAUUUUUAAGCGAUGUAACUGCCAUUCUUUUGAAUCUUUUGUUGACUGUUAAUUUUGUAUUUUUCCGAUGAGUAACUUACUUUCAAGUCUUGUGCGAUAUUUCUUGAAACCGUAGUAAAUGGCUAAAUUCAAAGUUUCAGGACCUUGUGGAUCAAAUCAAUCGUUGUUCGUGAUUUUUACGAGAUAAGAUUGUAACUUGUAGAACAUCAUCUGCAUUACUGUCAACUGGAAAUCUUGCCGUAACACUUUUGUAGUUAGCAUGUUCACUUACUAACAGUCGUUCUCUAUUCUAUUCAUUUGGUUUCAGGUUUUAAUUUUUCUGUCACCUACAUUUUUGUCAUACAGGUAAUGUCGACACUCAUUCAAUAUCCGGCUAGUGGCUCUGCACAAUACUUCUGCUUCAUAUACAGCUUUUAUUAUGACCAUAAAUCGCUAGUGUUGCCAUAUAGUGAAGCUCCGGGUAGCUUCACUUUUACUUGUCUCCACCCCACCCGUACUUACUUAUCCUGCAAUGCAGCAUUUUUAACAUCCGUAGUUGGCUGGUUUGUGCUUCAAAUUCUUAUAAAGAAUUGUCUUAUCACUACUAUUAUACUUCUUCAGAGUUAGGUACUUCGUGAUACCUCGCCAUUCAGAACUAUGCAGUUUGAAGAAUACUCCUGGUAUCAAUACAUUUUUGCUUGAGCAAAAUGACCACUUCCCUGAGAAGUGAAAUCAGUCCAAGGAGGUCAGUUGUUGAUGAAAUCUCUGCGGGGAUACGAAAGGUUGACUGGUCUUUCGCCGACUGACACCAUUUAUAGCGUAGCCACCGUGGUAUCUGAUUGUCCGUUAGGGUUCGAGUGCAGUUAGCUUUGUUCCACUAUAUGAAUAUGAAAUAUGACCGUUUGAGGCAGAGUACAUGAGUGAGGUCCGAGUGGUCAACCACCGUUGCUUUCGUAGCAAUGGUCGUAUGUCGUGGUGUCACCAUGUGAGUGACGUAGGUGUGAAGUUUCAUGGGGAGAUGAGAGUCAGGUGAUAAGGUUGUAAACCUCCGCCCUUGAAAAAGGUUAGAGGUGGUCGGACAGAAACACCUUAGCCCUUCGAAGUCUAUUUAUCUAGGUCGUGUGUGGAAAUGUAGGCUUUCAGGUUUGGGUCAGUGUGAUGACAGUAACGAAUGGCUGAUGACGGUGAACUGACUCAAAAUCGAUAUCGGUGGCACAUCUGUAUGUACAUAUAGUCUUAAUCGUCUAACUAGGUUUCACCAUUCUCUGUCUUCUGAUGACUUUCCACCACUUGACUGCCUUCCCCUUUUCUUUAUCUUUCAUCUCGGUGCAUUAUCGCUUGUUAUGCUAAUGCGAGGUAUAGCAACUGGGACCGUUACUCAAUAGUACCAUGUCCCAUGUUGAUUUUCUGCGUACUUUGAAGUCCAAUUCGUUGUUUUUUAAACCGAACUCAUCAAAUUUUGAUUCGUUUGUUUAAUCAUUCUCGUUUUUUUGUACUUUGUUCUGAUUUGCUACACUAAAGCAAACCUACUACUCCAGUUGUAUGAGAGAGUGUGUGAACCAACCUUUUCGGAGUAUUUCUAGCUGAAAAAACUGAAUUUCGUAUUAUUUCCAUCGUAUCUGUGGUUCGAAUUGUCUUUUAGUAAGUGUUUAUCUAAGUAUGCUUGGUGGCGAGAACGAGAGGUGGAGAAGGCAUCAGUACUAGUUAGUGCCCGGCAGUUAUUUGGGCUCAUCAGGAACACUGGCAAGAAAAGGUUAAUGCCUAGUUAAGCCGUAACCGUAGACGACCGAACCCUGAUAGCCACUCAGGGCAGGCGACUAAAACGUUAGGCAAGACACCUGUUAAACUGGCCGAGAACAACGCUUCAUUUGAAUUUGGGAGUUUGUGGGGUUUUAGAGAUGUCAGUUUAUGAUGAAUACCAACUGGAAAAAAACACUUCAUUUGCCUAGCAUCCAUCCCGUACUUCAACGGGGCAUAGGUAUCUGUGCCCCAACUGUGCUCGGAGUUGAGAAGGCUGACCCAAACCUAAAACUAUGCCAAGUAGCUAAAACUUGCGGUUUGCCACCCGGAGAUUCCAAGGAUGGAAGUAGGGAAUUAUCGAGUAGGAUAACAAAGACAGUAAGUGGUGUGUGGAAAUCAGGUAGUCCCAUCAGUCAGGUCGACUUCAUCGACCAUUCCAGUGUACACGAAUGGAGAGGUCUUCUUGUGAUAACCAUAAGGGACUAACAUCGUGUCCAAGAUCUUGGUGUCCACGGUUAUUCAACACCUAACUGGAACUCGAGAAAACCAGGCUGACUUUGACUAGAAUGAGUCGGCAUGUUAUGGGACGUAGGCAUACUUACGUGGGCUCGGUACUUGGUAUAUUUCUUGACCUGGAGACCGCAUUUGACUCCGUUGAGGAGGGCAUCUAGUUGGCUUGGAGUACGCAGAGAACACUGUCCUGCUAGGUAGACGCUGAAAAUACAUGGUCUUCUGAGUGUCUUGAGCAUGCUCAACAUGCGUUUCGUAUCCGUCACAUGUAAGAUGAAUGGCCUGGAGUCACUGAUAUUUUGAGGACAAAGAGUGAAAUGGUAGGAUGCACUAGUCAUCUCACCUAACUGGGAAUUCGCAUCAUUCCAAAUGGGUUAGUUGCUGGAGAAAUCUCAGUUGAGAUACAGAAAGCUCAUUUGAAAUUCGCCAACUUAGAUCAUCUUUAGCGCUCACUGGCGAGAUAUCGGAUUACCUGUUAAAGGACGAGUAUACCGCCCAGCAGUCCGCUGAGAAAUGGCCGUUGAAAGUUGAAUAUACAGCGAUGUAACGGUUUUCGAUCAUGAAUAUCUUCGUGCCAUUGUUUGCGCAUUGUGGUAUCACAUUGUGAGUAAUGUCAAGGUCAGAGGAAUAGUUACGAAGCUCCAGCGACUGGGGUAGCUCGGAUAGGUCGAGCCUACACCUUCCUCUCGUAUGAAUCAGCUGAAGUAGAACUAAGGUGGAAGAACGUUGAGAGUGACCAGGCCAAGACUUGGGACUUCCCCAUUAAGUCUGACUGUGUUUUGCUCUGGUUGCUGGUGUAAGGUGGCAGUUCUCGACUACUGCGUAUUUUGGUGUCUUAUCCGUGUAACUCGACGGAACUGUCAAAAAAAUGAGGUUUCAUCAAAAAGUAAAAGCAGCUGGAAUACUCUGUUUACUGUUACAAAUUUUCAGUGAAGUUUAUCGAAACUUAUUUCAUAUUCAGUCUUAGCUAGGUAGCUUAAGUUUUUUUCUUACUACUUUUGGUGUUUGUCUUCCAUUCUGCCAGUUAGGUUAUUCAGAAAAGUGUUUCAUUCUAAGUGGGAUAGAGUAAGGUUUAUAGUGUGAAGAAGGUACACUGUGUAAGUGUGGAUUUCCUACUAACUCGCGAUGAACGAUUCCUUUUAGAGUGUUUUUGAAAUGUUAUUUGAAUCCUUGGUUGGAUGAAACAGUCAUUUUUUUCAUGUACAUGACUAAUCUACUGUCAUGUAAAGCUGUAAUUCACUGAAUGAUACAAACAGAUGUCUUUUGCAUUCUUUCCAGACACAAGCUGUAUGUUGCUUUCUCUAAGAAGUUUACGUCUUUCGAACUCAUCACAGCUUGUGAUACAUGUUUUUUUUGCUUCCUUUCCGAGUAAUUGACUGUUGUUGAGAUAUGUAGUGAGGUUUCGUUAUCACAAGUGUGUUUUUUAGCAUCAUCCGUAGAUUUUAACUAGUAUACACCGUCAUAUACUGGUUGUAAGGAUGCGUCUGUGUUGCGUAAUGUAGUUUCUUUACAUUGAAGUGGUUGAUACUUUUAUGACUAACAUUUUGGGAAGAAUUUAUUAGGACCCACUAAGCUUGAUCAAAGAAUUUGUUGAGAUAACACUCAUGUAGUGAUAUGAAAAGGUUGGUAAAUCCGUACGAAUCAGCUGUGAACAUCUAUCAUCGAGUAAUCUCGUUAUUUCUUCCUAUCUCAGUCUGCUUAGGUUAUGUGCCUUGUGUUAAACGCGAUUUUUUACAUAUUUUGUGUCGUGAUUCAGAAUCCUGAAAGUAAGGAAUUUUUCUAGGCGUGUGUUCUGCAGCUACACUUUCUGACCUGAGCAAAUUUACUUGGACAUUAUACUGUAGUUAUGUGUUUUACUCAUGUUUUCCAGAGUCAGUAUAGUAGUUCCGUUUUGACUGGUCCAAACACCUUACAUACAGCCCCUCGUAGGAGUCCACAGAGCUUUCUGAUUGCCUGAUUGUCCUCUGAGUUUCCUGCGUAGGAAAUGUGUUGGUGAUGCAGACGUAUUAUUUUCUUUUUAAAAAAGUUAGGCCAUAAAGUGUAUUGGUGCGUGCGUCUCACAACUUCUGCACGCUUAGUUCUUGACUUCAAUCUUUGGUUAUUAUGCUUGCUUUACACUUCUCAAAUCUUUGUCACUUUUAUAAGAUUGAUAGGCGGCUGUACGUAAAUUCACUUCUCAUAUUGGACUAUGUAUUCGUUAAGAAGUCCGGUUUUUACUGUGUACAUCUGGUUGAUAGCACCAACCUUCAAGUAGUGGAAGGCUUAGUAACAUACUGAUGUUAGCAACCUUCAAGUUGUUGAAACUUUCCAGUUUGUUAAGGUGUAGUAUAGAAUGUCUUGGUGUACGCUGUUCUACUCUUUGUCUGUAGCAGUGCAGCUCUGAACUUAGGAUUACGAACUUUCGUAUUCGAUCGCUGUCGUCUCCAUACUUUUUAAUGCACCUGACAGUGCUCUUCGUUCCAGUGACAUAUACAGAUGCAAUGUGUGAAGUUAUCUUCUACGGAUAUAUACGACGUUAACGAUCUUUAAAAAGAGUAUUAUUUUCUGACAACGUGAACAAUUGAAAAAAGAAGUUUAUGUCUGAAGAACUCUUGUCAGACGAAAACGAUCAUAUCUCCGUAUUUAUUCCCUCGAUAUACUUGGAUAGCUCAAUAGUUAUGCGUUUGUAGGAAUUCAUUUCAUGGCAGUACUGAAAGAUGGUGGUAUGGUUACUGUCUUCAUAAAUUAAAUCCAAAUACGAGCAUUCAAAACAAAACAGGAAAAAUUACCAUUGACAUACUUGUUAUUCUCCGUUGUUUUGUUGGGUCGAAUUGUUCGACCUCUAUUGACAUAUGGGCUCCUAUGCGGAUGCCUCGAUAUUGCCUGAAUGUUAGUUAUGGUUGGUUGUGGCUAGCGAAAGAAUCUAGAACGCGCGUUUCGUCCUAGUUGGGACUCGUCAACUGGAUGUACCUGCACCCCAAUGAGUGAUGUUGUUCCCACGGAGAAUCGUACCCAUCUCUUCAAACGCCAAGACGUUAUCCACUUUCAACAGAGGAACGAUAGCCACUUCUUGCACAAUGUAUAGUAGUUAUUACUAUUUAUUGACAUACUUAUUAUUCUCCGUUGUUUUGUUGGGUUGGAUUGUUUGACCUCCAUGGCAUAGUGGAUAACGGCUUGGCGUUUAGAGCGAUGGGUACGAGGUUCGAGUCUCAGUGGGAACAACACUGGGGUGCAGGCACAUCCAGCUGGCGAGUCCCAAGUGGGACGAAACUUGCAUCCUGGAUUCUUCUUCUAGCCACAACCAACCAAAAACAGGCAAAAGCUUAUACGUAGUUAAGGAGAAGGAAAAGAUGCAAUGCUGCCGUAUUCUUUUGGAAUUCUGUCAUUCUUACCCCUUUCAGACUUCCAGGAUGGCGGGAUGACCAUAUUGAAAUCUAUUCAUUUAACCACUGACUACUAGUCUAAAAUGUUAAGGUGAAUAUUGUUCAACUGAAUGACUUCAUCUGGAUAUCGGAAAGUUGGAAUUCAAAUACUUUGGAUAAAUUGGUUGAGUUAGGUCAUUGGUUUCAUCCACAUAUAGUACUUUGUAGCUACAUGAGUGAAUACUCGUUUGUCCAUUUGUAGACAAUCAAUCCCAUAGAUGAUCGACUAUGAUUUGAUUAGCUUAAUGGUAAAUUUAGUAAGUUUAUAUCAGAAAGACAUUUUCUGAUCUAGAGAAUAUGAAUUUUCUCAGGAUUGUAGAUGUGCUUUACUGAAGUGAUCGUAAAGCACGAAAAUUAAGGCCGACUGAAUGUUAGUAACUGGGACCUACUCUUUACUUCUCACCUUAUUACUGCGUAGCUUCUAUUGUUCUUUUUUAUAAUAUAAUUAUUGUCAUUGUCAUGCAAUUAUUCCCUUAAUGUACAAAUCCACAUAGGUGUAUACUACUGUCUUCAAAUCCUUUAACUUAUGUUAAGUCGUGGUAAUGGUUUACCUUCAUACUGUUGUUUUAGAAUGUGUUAUUCUUAGUCGAUACAAAAAUACAAUGUAGUCUAUUGAUCAAUCAACCUUUUUCUUAGAAAUCGUUAUGCCUUACUUAAUCUAAUCAAUCACCCAAUCAUAUUCAUUUCAUAUGGUACUGAUAAAAUACAACCUUAUUAGAUGGAAUCUUAAUAUUCAAAUUUCUUGAAAUCAUUACCUGUAGAAUGAAAAUAAUUCAAUCACUUUAAGUGAUAAAAACUGUUUCCUUUGGGUUUGAAUUCUCUGAUUAUUCUCCUUUUUAUGGGAAACUCAACAAAUUUCUGUAUUCCUGCUGUUCAACUGAGAACGUAUGUUCUGUUUCCAUUGAUUUUAUGUAUUCUUAAGACUUUAGCAGCUGAAGAGAAGAUUUGAAAUCAAAUGGACUUAUUUUUUUUCUGUAAAUCUCGUUCUUUUUGCUCUGAUGAAGAAAGUUCGAUGAGUCUUUUUCAUAUAUAUAUGCUAUUUUUUUGAGUGAUCUUUAUUUAAGACAAUAUGUUCUAAAUUACAUGGAUUCGCCCAAGUUUACAUUAAAGUAUAUCCUUGUCAAAUAAUUAAUUUGUUGUAAUUCUCAAUACCCAAGUUUAUGGACUUGAAGCUUUCUCCAUCUAUUGAAGAUAAAUAAGCCUUGACCAUCGUCACACUGAAAUUUGGUUUAAUUUGUGACAUUGCUCAAUGCUUGUGUUGUAUACCCCGUGUAACUUUAUUCAAAUUUCUUGAUGAAUACUGUAUGUACUAAUAUCACAUUAAUAUUGAAAGUAAUUCUUGUUUAUAUACAUUGGACGGUGAACAAAUUAAUUAAUUACAUCUUUUUGAAUCCUGUGG